ACAAGAGCAGUGCUGAGGGGGGAUGCUCUGAGCUGCCCCGGGACUGGGGGUGCCCUGGGAGGACAGGACUGGAGGUGUCAGGGGUGUUCCCAUGCCCUGGAUGGGAUGCAGCCCAGUGACAGCACCUUCACCUCAGCACAGGCAGCUCCGGCUGCCCUGGGGCCUUAAGGUGAAGCAGCAGGGUGCCAGGGCAGCCACGCUGAAGCAGUGAGCAGCACGGUGGCUAUGUCCCAUGCCACAGCUGUGGAUGGCAGCAAGUGUCCAGUGCUGCAAGAACAGAGGAUGCUGGGGUGAUGGGCACAGUAAACCACACGUGUGUGCGUGGUCUGGCCAUGGUGUCAGCCACGGGGACCACUGCUUAUAGCCCUCAGGCAGCACACUGGUUUUGCAGUGGGUACAGCUGGUUACUGGCACUGCCAGCUCUUGCCAUGGUGACCCCUACCCCGGCAGUUGCUGAUGGGGAUCAUGCAGUCCUGUGGACCCCAUGUGGGAUUUGCCCCGGCAUGAGCUGUAUGGCCAGGAUGCGCUGUCACCUGCUACAGCUGGACAAGUGCGGCAUGCAUAGGGUAAAAUGUGGUAAGCUGGUAAAACCCAAACUGUGUGUCCUAUGAAUGGGCCUGAGCUCCUUCAUCCCUACUCAGUAGCUCCUGUCUGUCCUUCCCUUGCAGGUGCUGUAUGGAGCAGUGGGAUCCCUCUGCAUAGAGCAUUCCCCUGCCCAGCCCUGGUGUGAGCCCCAGGGACUGUGGUUGGCAGCCAGCACAGCCCCACAGGGAGGGAUUGCUUGCAGGGAUGGGCAGAAGGGGCUGGAAGAAAAGCACUGCCCUUCACCAGCAGUGUGCCAGGCUAAAUAUAGCCCCCAGCCCUGUGAGGAAACCCUGCUGCAUUAUGAAUGAGGCUUGCAAUAAGCCCCUGCUCAUCAAUAGGGAGGAAGGCUGGCCAGGCAGGAGGACAGCUCCUGUGGGAUGCAGGCGAGCACGGCGGGGCUGACUGGGACUGCAGGGCUGGCUGAGGACCCAGCAGCCUGUGCCUCCCUCGGUGGCUGCCCGUGGUGCCCCUGCUCCUCCUCUGCAGGCCCCAGCCACUGGAAGGAGCUGAAAGCCACGUGCGGCGGCAGCAAGCAGUCCCCUGUGAACAUCGACAGGCGCCGGCUGCAGCGGGACCGGGGCCUCGGGGACAUCCUCUUCGAAGGCUACGACCAGGCCCCCCCGGGCAAGUGGAGGCUGACGAAUGAUGGGCACACAGUGAUGCUGAGCCUGGCGAGUGAGUUGGUCUCUGAGCACAUCGCCAUCAGCAGCGGGGGCCUCCCCGGCAGGUACCGUGCGCUACAGCUCCACUUCCACUGGGGCAGCCCAGCGGGGAAUGGCUCCGAGCACACUCUCGACGGGUGCCAGCUCCCCAUGGAGAUGCACAUUGUGCACAUGAACGCCAAGUACCGGACGCUGGCAGAGGCCAAGGGGCAUCCCAAUGGGCUGGCGGUCCUGGGCUUCUUCUUCCAGGUCUCUGAAACUCCUAACACCAACUACAACACCAUCGUGGCGGGGCUGAGGAACAUCUCCCAUGCAGGGGACUCUGUGGAUUUGGCCUCCACCUUCCGCCUGAGCACGCUGCUGCCGCGUGCCGGCCGGCUCUCCCGGUACUACCGCUACCAGGGCUCCCUCACCACCCCCGACUGCAGCGAGGCCGUCCUCUGGACCGUCUUUGAGGAGCCGGUGGAGAUCGGGCGGGAGCAGCUCCAGGCCUUCGUCAGCACCCUCCACUUCCCGGCCGUGGGCUCCACGCUCCCCACAAUGACCAACAACUUCCGCCCGCCGCAGCCCCUCCACGGCCGCAAGGUCUUCGCCUCCCGGGCGGCCACGGCCAGCGGGGGGUCCCCACACAGAGCCCCCCAUCAGUUCCUCUCCCCACUGCUGCUCCUGGCCCUGCUCGGCCCCUCCUCGCCAACCCCCUAACGCCUGGGCCGGCCGCUCACCAGCCUCCACACGAGCACCCCCCUGCUGCACUGGUGAUGCCGCUGGUCCACGGGUGGAUGGGACAAAACGGCACAAAGAAGCACGUCGGGACCUGCCAAGGUGAAGGUGUUGCAAACCUGGAUCUCUGCAAGCCCAGAAUGCGCCUGGAGCCGGGUGGUGGAGCUGCUGGGAGUGGGAUGCUGUAGGCCCUGGGAUGAAGCCGAGGUCCUCGCUGAUGGCUGUGGGUUGCUGCCUCUUUGGCUCUGUGUCUCUUUGGCAGGGCUGUGCAGGCAGGCACGAGCCUUCCCCUUUCCUCCUUGUGCAAUAAAUCCCCAUGGCCAAAUCCUGUCCCUGCA